AUGGAUCCGUUAUCGCGAGAAGAGGACGCUUCCAAGUCGACCUCCUUCUACCGGGGAUUCUAUGACGCGCAGCAGCGGCGCCCAACGAAGAACGUGAAUCCCACAGUUUCCCAGGCGGUCGGCGGGGCCAUUUUCACGGCCUUGCCAUUUGUGGUCCUUGGUUAUUUUUUUAUGCGGCGGCGCGUAAAUGUAGCCUCCUCCGCAUUCGGCGCAAAACGAGGGAAUUUUUUGAGCAAUGCGAUGGAUAUGUUGCAGAAGCAAAUGAACCCUUUGGGAGACAAAAACUUUCGGGUGGAGGUUAGGGACACGAAGUUUAGGGACGUGGUUGGAGUGCCUGAGGCGCUGGAGGAGGUACAACAGUACGUGAACUUUCUCAAAACGCCGGAACGCUUCACACGGCUGGGCGGCAGACUGCCAAAGGGCUGCAUCCUCACUGGAGAACCAGGGACGGGUAAGACGUUACUGGCGAAGGCUGUGGCAGGGGAGGCGAGUGUGCCUUUCUUCACUUGUAGUGGGGCGGACUUUAUUGAAGUGUACGCCGGAUCGGGGCCGAAGCGGGUGCGGGAAUUGUUUGCGGCUGCAAAACGUGAGGCUCCUUCUGUGAUAUUUGUGGACGAGAUUGACGCCGUGGGUUCACGCAGCAACGGCCAAGGGGCGUUGGGGUUGAGUUCCGAAGAGAAUCGCACAGUGAACCAGCUGCUCGCCGAACUUGACGGUCUUCAAGCAAACGAGGCAGUCGUCGUGUUUGCCGCCACGAAUUUUCCGGAUAAUCUCGACAAGGCUCUUCUGCGUGAAGGCCGUUUUGACCGCAAAGUGGAGAUUCCUAUGCCGGAUCAGCGGGCGAGGGAGGAGCUCUUCGCACAUUACCUCAACCGCAUUGUUGUGUCCGAUGCGACCACCAACGCCCAGAGACUCGCCCGUCUCACACCUGGCGUGUCGCCGGCCACGAUAGCAACCAUCGUGAAUGAGGCGGCUCUUGCGGCCGCGGUGCAGGGGGACGAUAAGGUUACCGAACGGACACUUCUGCCAGCCAUUGACGAUGUUCUCGUGGGCAAAAAACACCGCAGCCGAAUGUCGGAGGCGACGGCCCGUCGUGUGGCGCUUCACGAGAGUGGACACACGCUGAUUGCUUGGCUUCUGCCAAGACAAUCGGAUGUUAUCAAGGUGUCAAUUACGCCAAGGGGUCCAGCAGCAGGCUUUACCCAGCAAGUUGGCAAGGAGACCUUUGAUAUGCCUACCGAUGUGUCACUCUUCACAGACAUUUGUGUUAUGCUUGCGGGUCGCCUUGCGGAAGCGACGCGGCACGCUGAGCUCACGACUGGUGCUCAAGACGACUACCAGCGUGCCACCAAGACGGCGAUACACGCAUUUUUGGCCUUUGGCAUGUCGCACCAUGUUGGGUUUCUCGCAUGUGAACCACAACGGUUAGAUGAGGGACGCAUUUACCAGAAGCACUCGGAGAAGAUCCAGGCCGUUGCUGAAGAGGAGGCAGCGCGAUUGGUUGGGACAGCCCAACAGUAUACAAAGACUUUAAUAGCGGAAAAUAAGGAGUUGCUGCACCGUCUGGCCGAUGCACUUUUCACUAGGAAGGAGUUGUUGAAGGAGGAUUUGGAGGCAAUACUUGGACCCCGUGGAGCAGCUCGUUUGUCGCUGGAAGCAGAGAAGGCACUCACCGCAUUUGUGCAAAAAUCAGAAAAACAUGGGACGACGGUGCGGAGCACUUCUGGGUGA